AUGAUUGCCUGUCUGAGGAAGUCUCUUGUUCUACAGAGGCAAUUGCACUUUGGUUUGGGCCGCCAACUCCCUACAAGCACAAUAUGUCCCCAAUCCUUCAACAGACUAAGAAAAUUGGCGAUACGAACUCCAAUGCCUUCCAAGCCAUUGGGGUCAUUAAUGCAAGCUAGGUGGAACAGUUCAAAUGCUAAGCAACCCAACACUACUAAUACUGAUAAAACUGGUCAAAUAGCUGAACUUUCAUCAAAUGAGAAGAAUUCCUCAGGAUUUCGAGAUAUUACGCGGUUACUAGGAUUAGCAAGACCAGAAGUAUGGUAUAUUAUGGGUGCAUUAUGUCUGAUUGUUAUAUCUAGUACUGUCAGCAUGUUACUUCCGUCAGUUAUUGGUAAACUUUUGGAUCUUGCCAAAAGUUCUAGUCCAUCUGAGAAUGAGAAACAGGAAAGCGGCGAUGGUGAUGAUAAGGAUAAAGAUAAAGAAGAGGGAACUAUCUACGGGUUUACACCAAAGCAAUUCUGUGUCAUCAUGGGUGGUAUCUUUGUGGCUGGAGCAUUUGCUAAUUGUGGGCGUAUUAUAAUUUUAAAAGUUACUGGUGAGAGAUUAGUAGCCAGAUUGAGAACGCGCACCAUGAAAGCUGCAUUGGAUCAAGAUUCGGCAUUCUUAGAUAGGAAUCGUGUCGGGGAUUUGAUCUCAAGAUUAUCAUCCGAUUCUUCUAUUGUGGCCAAGUCUCUAACUCAAAAUGUAUCAGAUGGUACUCGUGCCGUUAUUCAGGGUUUUGUAGGAUUUGGUAUGAUGACUUACAUCUCUUGGCAAUUGACCUGUGUUAUGGGUCUCAUGCUACCGCCAAUUGGUGCUAUGGCCAUUAUCUAUGGUAAAAAGAUAAGAAAUCUGUCAAAGCAAUUACAAACAUCUGUCGGUGGAUUGACUAAAGUGGCCGAAGAACAGCUGGGAGCCACCAAGACAAUUCAAUCUUACGUCGGUGAGAAAAAGGAAAUUCGUCGCUAUGCAAAAGAAGUGCGUCAAGUGUUUGACAUUGGAUUGAAAGAGGCUCUUACUUCUGGUAUGUUCUUUGGUUCCACAGGAUUUGUGGGUAACAUAUCAUUAUUGGCCCUUCUGAUGUCCGGUGCAAGUAUGAUCCAAAGUGGGCUGAUUACAGUCGGUGAUUUAUCCAGUUUUAUGAUGUAUGCUGUUUAUACCGGUGGUUCCAUGUUUGGUCUCUCUAACUUCUAUUCAGAACUGAUGAAAGGUGCAGGUGCAGCGGCCAGGGUAUUUGAAUUAAAUGAUCGUAAGCCUGCGAUUGCACCAACAUUAGGUAAAGGACCUACUUCCAUUCGUAAUCUGCCAAUUUCCUUUAAGGAUGUAUCAUUUACUUAUCCUACUCGUCUCAACAAAAAGAUCUUUAAUCAUUUGAACCUAACUAUUCAACCUGGUGAACACAUCUGUAUUGCGGGUCCCUCCGGUAGCGGUAAAUCCACUAUUGCAUCGCUAUUGGUAAGGUACUAUGAUGUGGAUCAAGGUGGAAUCUCCAUUGGCGAUACGGAUCUUCGCACUUUCAACUUGAGGAAAUACAGACGUUUAAUUGGCGUUGUACAUCAGGAACCAGUCUUGUUCAACGGUACCAUUCUAGAAAAUAUCUUAUACGCGGUUCCCCCAAGUGUAGCCCAAGAUGAAAGGCGUGUUAGUGCAGCUAUCGGUAAGGCAAACUGUUCCAAAUUCUUAUCAAAUUUCCCUGAUGGACUAGAAACUUUAGUAGGGCCCAGAGGUGCUCAACUUUCCGGUGGUCAAAAGCAGAGAGUUGCUCUUGCUAGGGCGUUCUUACUAGAUCCUGCCCUAUUAGUGUUAGAUGAAGCUACUAGUGCCCUUGAUUCUCAAAGUGAAGAGAUAGUAGCACGUACCUUACAAGAACGUGUAAGGCGUGGACUCACAACGAUUUCUAUUGCACACAGAAUCUCCACCAUUGCGCAUAGUACAAGAGUCGUUGUACUUGGUAGAGACGGGUUUGUGGUAGAAUCAGGACCUUUCCAAGAACUCAUUGACAGGCCUAACAGUGAAUUAAACUACCUACUUUCUCUGCAACAGGAUGAAAGAGAGGAGAUUAAAGAAAAUCCAAGCGAGCCAAGAGAAAUUCAACCAAAUACUAGAAAUUGA